AUGUCAUAUCAGUUUCCUCUGAAGCGAGUACAAUCCGAUUUGCCGAAGUGCUCCAGUCCCUUGCGCCAUGACUCCACAGCAUCAACGAACUCUUCGACUUAUUCCACAUAUACCAAUUCGUUUAUGCCGAGCCGUACGAGCACGCUUACCUCUCAUGCAUCAAGCAUUUAUCGACCCGGAACCCCAGAGUAUAAAGGAGACCGUGGCACAAGAGGGGUGAACGGUCAGAAGGAACCAGAGGGCAGGUCAAGUCCCGGAGAAACUUAUGAAAAUGUUCGCCGAUCCUUGCGGCCGCUUCCACAGGCCCCAAAUACGACACCUCCGAAAUCAAAAGUCUCCUCGUACCAUGCGCGCCGCCAAACCGUCGUCGACCCCAUUCCACGUCGCGAUCUCCAGCCUAUACACAACGAGGAAAAUGUGGUGCCAAGGGAAAAGGUUCAUGGUUUUGAUUCAAAGCCGGAUGUGAAUCGCCGAGUGUCCCAUACACGAACGAGAUCCAGCCCAAACCCACCAGUCCUCACAGCUACGUUGACUGCGCCCGAACUCCAAACUCUAGGAAAAUCUUCAACAAGACAUUUUCGAACUCUUUCUAAACUCACUCAGUCCGAGAGCGAGGAGUUUGCCAUCACAAAUUUGACACCAUCGGUUGUGGGGCUACAAGGUCGUCGUCAGCUCAAACGCACUGAUUCGGUUCGUGGAGUCCAGCCUGCGACAGAUUUGCAGAGGAACAGCCCAGCACCAUGGCUGCAAAGAGAUUGGAUGGACAAGCAGAGACAAUUUUUACAAGCAUAUGAAUACCUCUGCCAUAUUGGUGAGGCGAAAGAAUGGAUUGAGGAUAUUAUACACAAGCCAAUACCAGCAAUUGUUCAAUUGGAGGAAGCUCUUCGUGAUGGAAUCACCCUGGCCGAAGUGGUGCAGGCUCUAUACCCACACCGACUAUUUCGAAUCUUUCGGCAUCCCAAACUACAAUUUCGCCACUCAGAUAACAUCGCUCUCUUCUUCCAAUUUCUAGACGAGGUUGAGCUGCCAGAGGUAUUUCGAUUUGAACUAAUCGACCUUUAUGAGAAGAAAAACAUGCCCAAAGUUAUACACUGCAUUCAUGCACUCUCCUGGCUCUUGUUUAAAAAGGGAAUUGUUGACUUUAGGAUCGGAAACCUAGUUGGCCAACUAGAAUUUGAGCAUCAUGAGCUUGAACAAACACAGCGAGGGCUCGAAAAAGCCGGUGUUCCUAUGCCUAGCUUUUCUGGAAUGGGUGAAAGCUUUGGGGCUGAUCUGACACCAGAGCCAGAGCCGGAACCAGUUGAGACGGACGAAGAAAGAAUAGCCAGAGAACUGCGAGAAACCGAAACAUCAAUAUGUGAUUUGCAGGCACAGGUAAAAGGCGCUGUCUUACGUCUCAGGCUUGGAAACCUAAUGCAGCAGCUUUGGGAUAACGAAGGGAUUUUAAUCGACUUUCAAUCAAGAAUUCGAGGAGACUGGACGAGACAAAUUAUGGACUACAGGUUGAACAUGCGCCGUUUUGCUUUAAACCUUCAAGGAGCCGUGCGCGGGUUUUUGGUUCGACGCAGGUGCCAAAGUCGGCAAGCAGGCUGCACGGCGGCAGAGCCUGCAAUACUGGGUCUUCAAAGCUUAAUUCGGGCCAAGCACGCCAGGUCUGGCAUUCAGCACCUUCGUAUACGGGCAAGAAGAGAAGAGUCUGGCAUAAAAUCCUUCCAAGCUGCUAUUCGGGGAGCUCUGGCGCGGAAGGAAGCUCACAACCAGUAUGAACAAAGCAGAGUCUCUGAACCACAAACCGAAUUACUUCAGGCAGCUAUCCGUGGAAUGCUUGAACGACAUGCUUUUACAAGUGAUGUUUCGUUCCUCCGCCAAAAUGCAAAUCAAGGGGUUUUGCUUCUUCAGGCCGCCAUUAGGGGUAUGAACCAGCGGCAGAGCAUCUCAAAUGAUGUAUCAAAGCUUCGUAAUGUUUCUAAACAGGAAGUUGACCUCCUUCAAGCAGUAAUUCGAGGAAUGUUAAAGCGGUGUGCUCUUGCACAGGAAGCUCUAGAUCUUCAGAAGAAUGCCGAUGCGAUCUUGCAUUGUCAAUCAGCUAUUCGAGGGGUUUUGGAGAGGAAACGAAGAGCAGCUGAUGUAAAUACACUCGAGAGCUUUUCAAGCACCUGGUUGAAGCUUCAAUCGAUUACUCGUGGAAGUGCUCUGAGAAAAAGCCUGCAGGCUCUUCGAAUGGAACUCCAGAAACAAGCUCCUGUCACUAUUGAAAUGCAGGCUGCGGCUAGGGGGAUGUGCCUUCGUAGGUCCAAUUCAGAGAUCCGACUGGCUCUCAAAGCAGAAGAAGAAAAGAUCAAGUCGUUACAGAGUCUAGCCAGAGCCUUUCUUUUGCGCCGAAAGAUCGAGCAGGAUCGGAAAGAACUUCUUAAAGAGAGCCCUCAUAUUACAACACUUCAAGCACUAGCACGAGCCUCCAUUGUUCGCAUCGAUAUUGGAAAUCUUCUCGCUCAAUUGGAUGAAAGCAUAGAAGAUGUGACUGAACUGCAGGCACUCGUGAGGGCUAUGCUUCUUCGAAUCGACAUUGGAAAUGCACUGGCAGACCUUGAAGGCGAAGAAGAUACUAUCGUCGAUCUUCAGUCCCAUAUACGGGGAUUUGUGGUACGCUGCCAUUUUGCAGAAAAACAGAAGUUCUAUCGCGAAAAUAUGGAAAAGGUUAUCAAAGUCCAAAGUUUCGUCCGGGCAAAGAUCCAGGGGGAUGCAUAUAGACGGCUAACGACUGGCAAGAAUCCACCGGUUGGAACAAUUAAAGGAUUUGUACACCUUCUUAAUGACAGCGACUUUGAUUUUGAUGAGGAAAUUGAAUUCGAGCGACUACGCAAAACAGUCGUGCAGCAAGUUCGGCAGAACGAGAUGGCCGACCAGUAUAUUACACAGCUGGACAUCAAGAUUGCACUCUUGGUUAAAAACAAAAUCACACUCGACGAAGUGGUUCGACAUCAGAAGCAUUUUGGAGGCCAUGUUGGAGCUGUUUUACCAAAUACUGAUAUUUCUUCAAAAGACCCCUUUGAUCUGAAGGCUCUCAACAAGAAUUCCAGAAAGAAACUCGAACAUUAUCAGGAACUCUUUUUCCUUUUACAGACGCAGCCCCAAUACCUUGCGGGGAUAUUCCGACGAAUGAAAGAGCAGGCAACACCUGAGAGAGAAAAUGAACGUAUCAAGCACCUCAUUAUGGGUCUUUUUGGUUAUGCUCAGAAAAGACGCGAAGAAUACUACUUGAUCAAACUCCUCGUCAGAUGCAUCAAGGAAGAAGCGGAUUCAUGCUCCUCACUGCAAGAUUAUACCCGCUGUAUAUCUUUCUGGCAUAAGCUAUUUACCGCCUAUACAAAGUCUCCUCGAGAUCGAAAGUUCAUGAAAGACCUUCUUGGCAAUGUUGUCAAAGAGAAUAUUAUUGAUAACCCAGAUCUUGAUUUGGAAAGCGAUCCUAUUCAGAUUUACCGGUCUGCAAUCAACAAUGAAGAACUCCGAACUGGGCAACGCAGCAGACGGCCACCAGAUGUACCAAGGGAGAGGGCAAUAAAGGACCCUGAGACUAGAGCAACCUUUAUUCGCAAUCUUCAAGACCUUCGCGAUAUUGCUGAUCAAAUUUUCAAUGCCAUGGAAGAAUCACUACAUCGCAUGCCAUAUGGUGUCCGGUUUAUCGCUAAAGAAAUGUACGAAUACCUCCUCUUAAGAUUUGAAGAAGAAGAUCGAGGAUACCUACUUCAGGCCGCCGGCCAGUGGGUUUGGAAGACGUACCUCCAGCCAGCAAUGAUGGAGCCUGAAAAAUCGGGCGUUGUGAAUCACGCUCUCACCCAAGAGCAGAAGCGUAGCCUUGGUGAGAUCAGCAAAGUUAUUGCACAGGUUGCAUCCGGACGUUUAUUCGGCAGUGACAAUGUCUAUCUUCAACCCCUGAAUGCGUACAUUGCUGAAUCGAUUCAGCGACUAGGCGCCAUCUGGGGCACUUUGAUCACGGUACAAGAUGCGGAGACUUACUUUGAAAUCGACGAGUAUAAUGACUUAUACGCAAAAACGAAGCCAACUCUUUACAUCAAGAUGUCUGAUAUUUUUUCGAUACAUCAGUUAGUUGCUGCGGAAAUAUCGCACGUUUGUGGCCAGGAAGAUGCCUUACGAGAGAUUAUUCGAGAUCUUGGGAGUGUUAAAAGCAAUGAACAUGAGCUGAUGAGUGUCAGUUCCUCUGAAAUCAGCCUUACACUUACCCCAAAGCUGCAUAACGUUGAAGAUCCUGACGCCGAAGUGAAAGCUCUCCUUAUGGAAACGAAGCGAUGUAUUUUAUACAUCAUUCGUGUGCAGUCUGGAGCUAAUCUAAUGGACAUUUUGGUACGGCCUCCAACACCAGAAGAUGAAGAGCGAUGGGAUACUCUCGUACGCGAAGAAUUUUCUCAUACCAGUCGGAAACGAGCCGCAUACUCAGACGCCAAUACUCUCGUUGAUAUCGGUUCUAUGAGCUACCCUGAGCUGAAACGAACCGCGCUAGAGAAUAUUGUUCGCCUAGAGCAAGCAGGGAGGAUUACGCGGUUCAAUCAAUAUCAAGAUCUCCUCAAUGAUAUUGCACUCGAUAUUCGAACAAAGCAUCGCCGGAGAGUCCAGCGUCAGAGAGAAUUGGAAGGCGCACGUCUCACUCUUGACAGGUUAAACGACCAAGCCGUAUACCUUGAGCAGCAGUUGAAGACGUACAACGAUUAUAUUGAACAAGCCAUGGUUACAUUGCAAAACAAAAAGGGUAAAAAGCGGUUCUUAAUGCCAUUUACCAAACAAUGGGACCACGAGCGUGAACUUCAGCGAUCGGGCCGCGUUUUCAAGUUCGGCUCCUACAAGUAUUCCGCACGUAAUUUGGCGGACAGGGGGGUGUUGGUUCAUUGGAAAGGAUAUACAGAGCGCCAAUGGGAUAGAGUUGAUCUAACAAUUUCUAGUAAUGAAGUUGGCGUUUUCACAAUCGAUGGCAGCAGCGGUAACAUGAUGGUUCCCGGUGCAAAUGCCCAAGUUCCCCUUGAUGACUUGUUGCAGGCACAAUUCAACAACACACAGUUUAUGGAUCUGUUCGAGGGCCAAUUACGAGUGAAUGUUAAUUUGUUUCUGCAUUUGAUUAUGAAGAAAUUCUAUAACGAAUAA